GUGAAGGAGGAGAGGAGAGCGGGCAGGACUGCAGCUGAAAUGGCAAACAAAUUUGUGGAUCUGGUGUAUUGGCGGAACAUGAGGAGGACCGGUGUGGUGUUCACGGGGCUGGUGAUCGGUCUGGCCAGCGUGUUCCAGCUUAGUGCCAUCACGGUGCUCUCACACGUCUGUCUUGGUGUCAUGAGUGUCACCUUCUUCCUCCGCCUCUACUAUAAACUGCUGGAGAUGCUGCGCUGGAACGCUGGUGUGCACCCCUUCCAGUCUUACCUGGAUAAUGACAGCUCUUUGACAGAAAAGGAGACAGUGAUGCUGGUGGAGGAGUUGGUGCUGCUGAUUGCAUUCGCCAUCACAGAGAUCAAACGCCUGCUUUUCAUCGAGAGCAUUAUCGACUCAGUUAAGUUUGUUGUACUCCUGUAUCUGUUGACCUAUGUUGGCGUCCUUACCAGUGGACUGACUUUGGUUAUAACAGCUGUAAUUGCAGCUUUCUCCAUUCCUCUUCUGUACAAAAAGCAGAAGUUGCGGAUAAGGAGGAUGGUAAGAGGGGUCAAAGCUUUUGUUAAAAGAAUCAAAAACAUGUUCCUUGGUCUGAUAAAAUCAGUAAGACCUUCCUCUGCCCCUGAACCCGCUGCUAAACCUGCACCAGUAGCUGCACCAGCACCACCAGCUGCUGCACCUGCCCCAAAACAGAAAGCCAAGUCCAAGUAACUUGUUUGCACCUUAAAGCACCCAUAAAUUUGGGAUUUGGAAAAUGUUUCGAAUGGUUCAUCCUUUGUGGGGCUGCUGGAGGGGCCACUCAUUUCCAUUUCUCCACCAUGAUGUUUGUUUACGGGAGCACAGUUUAAUGUUUCCUGACAGCUGAAACAAAGCUGCCAUUCACCCCAGAAGAGAGAGUGAGAGUGCAGUGAGAGUGUAUGAGCUGAAGAAUUGUAUCUACUGACAUGCUUUCUAUGGGCUGUGUUUCAUGUAACCAGUCACACCGUCGUGUACUCCAAACAGGGACAGCACAGAAUAACAAUGUUUUUUUUCUUUAAUAACAGGUCUAUUUUUAAAUAACUGGUGAGCACUCUGUUCCUGUUAAGCUGCAAAAUUAUUCAUAACCAUGCAGGGAAGCGUUAUUUCUUUCAUUAUUUAGCACCAAGCAUUAUAAGCUGGAUACAAUCAAACUGACAUCAACAUCACCUGCACUUAUGAACAGUAACUGUUUUGGGCUUGUUAUGUUACUUAACUAAAAGAAGUAUUAGCAAAAGCUUUCUAAGCAGCAACUACUCAGAAAUAUAAUAAGACUUAUAUGACAAAUAAGAUUCCCUCUCUGCUGAUAAUGCUAACUAGAUUUAAAGAGGUAUAAACAGUGACUUCCUGUUGCGUUUAGCGAAGUAAAGCUACAGCGGGAUACAAAAUGUCCAAACAAACUUAGACGCCCAGAAGUUGCUAAAACUGUUUCUUUUGUUUGUGACACGAAAAUACACUGAGAAUACAAUAAGAGUAGCAGCUUUCAGCACUUAUACUGUUUGUGAUACAUGCAUAAACAGACGCGUUUUGAGUUGUUAAAAAAUAGCUAGCUAACUUGCAAUUAGCUGACAGGGAGCUCGCCUAGCAUUCAAUUGGAGUCCUGUGUUUGGACGACUGAUUAAGUGUUUGUCAAAUGUUCUCUCGUUUCACACGUUUUCCACUGUUUUCUUUUGUGACCAAGGACUUCUUAGGGACACUCUCUUUAUCUGCUAAAUUCUCGCUUUCUGCUCACAAGUUAGUUGCCAACUGUGUCUUUCUGCUGUUCUGUGCUGAACAGGUAGUGUGGAGUUAGAUUUUUUUAAGUUUUAGCUGAAAAUAAUGUUUACUGCAUCUGAAAAUAACGCUUUUGAGUGCUGAGAGUAAAACACAGAGAAGUGUUGGUUAAGUACUCUUUUAGCAAAAAGUAGUCCUAAUCUGUUGUCAAUGCAAAAACAUUGAUUAUAGUUGAUUAAAUCUCGCCUGGAGUUAUCUCUUCUCAAGCUGUGUUUUAAAACGUUAAUGCAACAAUGGGUAGUUUAUUGUUACAUUUACAUGAGUUUGUAUUCCUCGUUCAUUUGAGCCUAAAUCUUUAUUUACUGCAAAGUUAAGACUUAUGCAGGGGUGGCCUGAAGUGUGAUGUGUGCACAAACCUGCACAAAUAAAUAUCAAUUAUUAACCCUUUUUAACUUCACCAACCAUAUCUAUUUUAUAACACGAGCUAACGGCAACAUUAGCUUACGUCAAAAUUUAAGUAGGCUACUUAAAAAAGUGCAUGCAAACUCCUGCACUGUCUAACUUGCAAUAUUUUGGUCCUGACACAUUGUCGGUUAAUUUAUGCAAGUAAAACAAUGUGCAUUACUUUCCAAUGCACAUUUUUUUUGGUACAAUUUAAAGUACAAAAUAAAAAUGCUGAAUCGAUAUGAAAAAAAAAAAAAAAAACAGCCUUUACACAAGAAACCUUAUAGUUGGCUUUAACAUAGUGUAAGUCCUGCCUCUGACAGGGCAAAUAACCAAUCCAAGUUUUGGAUUUGGGAAGUGGCACAUUGGCUGCCCAAUCAAGGUUCUAGGGGGGGAGGGCCCUAGUCACCCCUCUGGCAACGCCCCUGGCUACACUGUCUUGGUUGCAUAACUGUGUGAACCAGUCCAACAAAAAUCUGUCUUUAGAGGACAAUAAAGUAGAUAAAUUGACAAUCUUUUAUUGCCAAUUGUAAAAAAAAAAAAAAGGCAAUACAACUUCAUCAACUGACAUUAGACAAGCAGGCUAGCUGGUUACUUAUAUAACAAAUUGAGAAACAAAAAGGGUCACAUGCUCAAGUUGCAGGGGCAUGUCUUUCCAAACUAGCAAACUGAAGUAUAAGAUAACCUACUACUGACAGCUUAUAAAGAGAAAGUGCUUGAAGGGCAGUUUACAAGGAGAUGAAGGUCAACAACAAUUACUAAAAUAUCCACUUGAGAAAGCUUUAAAUAAAAUAUUGAAGAAUUUCAUGGAAGUGUCAACAUCUUGGGUGUAGAAUUAAACAUGGAGGUUACAUCUUCAGCAACAGGAAAAUUACAUUUGACUCCAAACAAGUGUUUUAUAUUGUUGUUGUCAGCCCACACAAUAAACAACAACAGAAAAAGUAGGUAACUACACAUUUUAUUUAAUUGAAUGAGAUUAGGAUGUGAUAAAAUCUUCAAUCCUGUUCACAUGUAAAGUUUUACCUUGUCAAACCUGAGCCAAUAAAAUUGCAAGCAGCUGUUUUAAUGCAGCUGUUUGGCUCCCAGCUGCUGUUAGCAUAUCAUAUUGAUGCUAGUGAACAUGUGAACAUGUGGUGCUCUCUAGUGGCCGGUGUUUCAGUUCUUAUAACACUGCUGCAUUCAUACUAACAUGUCUUAAUGAACUACAAGUUAUUAAGUGUAUUUUGAUACUGUAAACCUCACACACCAGCUCAAAGGACAUGCAAACAGGGCUUUGGUCGUUUCUUACCUAUAUGGUGCCAUUUACAUCUGCAGAUAGUUGUUGUUUUUGUUUGAUUAUAAAUAGAAGUAUUGUGGACAAUUUGGGAAAACUGGUCCAACAAAGUUUUUUCCAUUCAACCGUUUACUUCAGUAACACUUAAUGUUGCAUAAAUAUAAAAGCACCAUAUAACUUUUACUGCCCGGGUUUGCUGUCGAUAUGGAGUUGGCUUCUGUGACUUGUUUUUCAAGGUGCGUCACUUACCUGUAAAACGUGCAGAAAAAUAAAACUGUAAUCAUAAUUCAGUUGAGACUUAUGAGGUUGAACUUCAUGUUUUUUCUCCUGACUUUUAUCUUUUGUUAGUUUGACUUUUGUCUAAACUUAUUUAUUAUUUUGUAUCAUCGUUUACGAUUCUUAUGUCCUGCCCCAA